AUGAGGACCCAUCGGCGCGCCAAUACCUAUCCUCCGAUACCAGAGGCCGUCAUGGACCUCUACACCACUUCGUUCACGUUCCACCGCUCAGCGCGCAAGGGCCGCACCCCGUCCAAGGGGUCCGCCUCCCCGCCUAGCUUGCAUCAGGAUGCGGCCGCCGCCGAGCGCGAGUGGGACGCCGUCCAGAAGCUCUGCAACGACAUUACCUCCCGCGAGGGUUGUCUUGUUACCAUAUCCCGCGACGCCAUGCUCAGCGACGUCCACGACGAACAGCGGGCCCCCUCGCCCUCGCCGCCGAGUCUGUGGAACUUUCACAUCUCGGGCGCGUACCAGGCCGUUAUGAGCGCGCGUGGCGCCAUCUUGAGGGAGACACCGAGGGACAAUCGCGCCUCUCUCAAGGUCCCUCGGGGCGAGAUCCUUGACAAGCCCCUAGCCCUCGUGUCCCCUCUCAAGGCCGACGUCAAGCACCGCCUCGAUGAGAUUGUGAACGACACACGUGCCAGCAUCACGGUACUGAACACGGACGCGAGCGGGGUAUCCAAUUAUGCUCAGGUGCUUGCGACUGCUGAUCCUGACGUUGGCACAAAAGACUCGCGCGACUCCUCACCCCCGCCGGGUGAGGAGGAUGACGCGGACUGCGGCGCGGCCGCCCAGGGCCAGGCGUCAUACGGUCUUGAGACUGAGCGCAUGUGCGAGCUCGUCAUCUCGGGAACGGUCGAGAGCGUCGAACUCGCAAAGGUCCGCCUGCUUGUCAUGGUCGACGAGUUGUCGGGCCUCCACUCAGAGGUGUGUGACAUCGACUACAAACUGCACGCCAUUAUUGCAGGCCGCAAGCGUUGCGUCAUCCAAGGCAUCCAGGAGGAGACGGCGACCAACAUCUACUUUCCAACGCCGUUGGUUGGCGUCCUAAACCAGCCCCAGCCGGGCUCGCAGCAAGGUAUGGGUUACAGUCGCGGGACAAUGUACGGCGCGGCCAUGUCGCCUCAAAUGACCGGCAUGAGCUACAACGGCAUGAACAUGGGCAUGCCGGCCGUACCCCCGCCCCACCCGCCUCAUCAGCAGCACCAGCACCAAGGCCACCCCCGCAACACCAACCAGCCACUGUACAACCCCCAACAGCACGUGCACUACCCCUACUCGCCGCAGCCGCUGCACAUUAACCCCCAGCAGACGAGAGGCAUGCCGUACACAGGGCCAGGCGUGCAGCAGUGGUCGAUGCCGACGGGUCCACAGCACGCGCCGCACGGCGGACAUCACCCGCACGGGCCACCUCCGCCGCACGGUCAGGGUCCGAUGCAGAUGGCGCCGGGGAUGAACGGGCACGGGCCUGGUUUCGGCGCACGUGGCAUGGGCACGCCGAUGACGCACGGCCAGCCCAUGGGCCAGCCGGUCAUGGGAAUGGGGCCGAUGGGCUACGGGCAGAGCCACAUGCACGUGAGCAUGGGCACGGCCCCGAUGGGCGGCAUGCCGCUCGGCCCCGGCGAUAUGGGCAUGGGCCAGUUCGGUCAGGGACCCCACCCGGGGCUGUCGGUGCACAGCGGCGAGCAGGGUAUUCUGGGCAAGGCGAACCAGAUUUGGAUCACGGGCGAGUUCUUCGGCGUGCAGCGCGCACGCGACAUGCUUCUCUCCGUCGCCGUGCAGAAGAGUAAGCUCGUUAUCUCGCGCGACACGGCUAUCCUCCCACGCAAGCUCGACUGGCUGCUCACGGAGCGCAUUGACGACAUCCGCAACAUCAUGUGCGACAACGGCACGUACAUCCAGGUGCCUAGUGUGGGGUCGCAGGCGAGCUUGAUCACGGUGUUUGGGGACCAUCGCGUCAACAUUGAACGGACCAUCCGGAGCGUCAUGUCGCUGGCAUGCCAGUUCUACGUGGCGUCGUUCUGGCUCCUGCCAGUGUCGUUUGAUGUGCUCAUGCCGCAGGCGACGCUCAACCCACCGCAGAUGCAGCCGGUGCUCAAGCGCAUCUCGCACGCCACGGGCGCAGAGGUCGUGUUCAAGAGCAACUGCUUUGAGAUGCACGGCCUGGAGAAGGAGGUGCGCGACGCCGUCGUCCAGGUGCUCGAGCUCGACGUGGUCAAGGCGUUCCACCACGAGAUCCGCUUCCAGAUCGAGUUAGCCAACGAGCACCGUGAGUUUAUCAGCGGCAAGAAGAACGGCAAGAUCAACAAAAUCAUGAAGGUGUGCGGCGUGCGCAUCAAGUUUGAGACUUUCAACGACUACAACUUCCUCAUGGACAUUUCCGGACAGGAUAUGGCGGCGCUACAGGGCCUCAGCAUGCUGCAAGAAGAGCUGCCGGCUGAAGUGUCCUUCCAUGUCCCAGAGAGCUACCACAAGCGUAUCAUUGGCGUCGGCGGCAAGAACAUCCAGCGCAUCAUGAAGAUGUACGGCGUGUACGUCAAAUUUUCCAACGCCGAGGAGUUUGCGCAGCUCAGCGGCUACAUGGACAACGAGGACAACGUCGUGGCGCGCACGCCAGCGAAGAACUCGAUCGCACUCGAGUCGCUCAAGACGGCAGUCAUGGACCUCGUGUCGCCAAAGGACAAGGACUACACGGUCGACAGCGUGACGAUCCCGCGGCGGUACCACCGCACACUCCUCGGCGAGAAGAGCAUCUUCAUCCACGACAUUGAGCGCAAGACCAACUCGACGAUUCGCUUCCCGAACAAGGAGACGGCAAGCGACACGGUGACCAUUUUCGGGCCCGAAAGCCAGGUACACAUAGCUGUGGCCAUGCUCCUCGACCACGUGCCCUUCGAGGCAGACUUGCACGUGCCGCCAAACCUCGAGCUCACACGCCUAGUGACGAGCAAGGACUUUGUGCUGUUCACCGAGCGAAUGAAGCGUGACCAUCAGAUUGCCAUCUCGCCGUCCCCGCGCUUCGGGCAAGGCGAGGAGGCCGUGUUCAAGUUCCGCUGCCAGCGCAGCAGCAUCGACUUCUUAACCACCGUGCACGAUGCUCUCGUCGAAUUCCUGGCUGGCCACAGCAUCCAGGUGUACCCGCCCCACGCCGCCAAGCGGCCCGACCCCUUCGCCGACGCGUUCUCCCACUUUGACUCAAAGCUCCUUCAGACAGGCAAGGAGGACCGGCGCGGCGUCAAGGCACUCUUCGACAGCGAGUACCAGGGCUUUGCAGGUCCGCUCUCCUUCGCGGUCCCAGACUACUGGCAGCCAGGGAGCGGGCCUUCCCACUCGCAGAUGGCGGUGGGUAGCGCCGUGGGCACCGCCGUGGGUGGCGCCGUUGGUAGCUCAGCGCCGUCGAGCGCCGACCCGACCUCGGCCGUGUCCGACGGACCCAAGCCGAAGCCGCCGAAGCCGAAGCGCGCGUCCGACACGCCGCUCGAGGACAAGCGAGGGCACGCGCACAAUCAUUCGCACAGCCACGCCCCGGCGCAGCACCAGCACGCUCUGAGCCACGGGCAUGGACACGGGCAUCCCGCGCGUGCUGUUGGAGCACGCACGCAGAGCCUCGACAUUACGCAGCUCAACUUUGCGCGCGCACUGGGCGGGCCUGCGCCGAGCUUUGCUCCUGUGCCUCCCAGCCCGUCGCAGAGCCCCGGCCACUACGACCGGCGUUACGCUGGCACCGUGGACGGAGUGACGCAGGGCCUUGCCAACGUCCAAGUGUCUCACACAUAA